AUGCGAUUUUACACCUUCAUCUCAUUGCUUCUUUUUGCACAAGUCAAAGCAGUAUUCUGGCUCAAUCAACUUGACAGCUAUGACUCUCUUCCCUACUGUGCCGAAGGGCCCAUCAGCAGCAUCGUCAGGGACAUGGUCUCUGGAUGCGGCGACGCAGGUCGAACAACUUCCUACAGCUGCUUUUGCACGAGAAGCUCUUCGAGCUUUGCGCAGAUCAUUGCAACCGCUGUUGCAAAGGAGUGCUCGCAUUGGGGUACUGAGGUGUCUAGCGCAACGAGCAUCUUUCAUGAGUAUUGCCAGCUUGGUGGUGCAGGUCAGCAGACCAUUGCUACCACAGAACUCACAACUGCUACUCCGAGCACGUCAACUCGCUCCGCUUCUGCCGUGACCGAAUCUGAUAAUGAACCUACCGCUACGUCGUCUGCUUCUACUUCCACUUCAAACGGUAGACUUUCCACGACAUCUAAGAUCGCAAUUGGAGUCACCACUCCUAUCGGUCUGAUAGGGAUGUCUGUCUUAGCUUGCUUGUUGAUAAGACGUCACCGCAAAACAAAGGGUAGUAACGUCUGUGCAGCUGGGCUCGGUGGGCGGGAUUAUACCGAGUACAAGACUGAGCUUGACGGCAGUAACACUGCUGUUAAGCCGCCGGAGCAUAAAGUGGAAACGCCAUCUACUCAGCAUGAGCUAUCGGUUUGA